AUGAGACGUAGUACAGCACAGAGUCAGCCAGCCUCUGGACACAGUUGGUUCUGCAAGUCACCAGCUGUGCAACAUUCACCUCAUUGCAUCCCUGAAAGCAAGAUACGGCACCACUAGCUCUACUAGAGCCAUCCACAAAAAUUCAGCCAGAGUUCUAACUCUUACUGCAUCUUCUCAAACUGGCACCAUCUGAUCAGGAAAUACAACCUAAAUGUGUGCCACCAGUGUUUCCAUCAGUCCAUGAAGGAUACAGGCUUCAUCAAGUUGGACUAA